AUGGCUGGAUUUGAUGAUGCAGGUGUAUUUUUCAGUGAUAACUUUGGAUCUGAAGAUCAAACAGACGAAAACCAGAUCAACAGACAACAAAUUAAGAAGAGAUUCAAAGAUUUUAUUCGGCAAUUUCACGAAGGAAACUUUUCAUACCGAUAUCGAGACCAGUUGAAAAGAAAUUACAACCUUGGGCAGUACUGGCUGGAAAUUGACUUGCAAGAUGUGACCAGCUUUGAUGAAGCUUUAGCUGAAAAACUAGGCAAACUUCCUGCGGAACAUUUGCCAUUGUUUGAAGAUGCAGCAAAGGAAGUGGCUGAUGAAGUUACUAGACCCCGUCCAGAUGGGGAUGAAGAUGUGGAAGAUAUACAGGUCAUGCUGAACUCCUCUGCAAACCCUAGCAGUAUUCGUGAGCUCAAGUCUGAACAAAUGGCCAGAUUGGUGAAGAUUCCUGGCAUAGUGAUCGCUGCUUCGGGUAUCAAAGCAAAGGCUACCAAGCUAACACUUCAAUGUCGGGGUUGUCAGAACAUUCUCAACAACAUUGCUGUCAACCCAGGAAUGGAAGGCUAUGCCCUACCCCGAAAAUGCAAUACAGAACAAGCUGGCCGUCCUAAAUGUCCUAUAGACCCUUUCUUCAUUGUACCAGACAAGUGCAAGUGUGUGGAUUUCCAAAACCUGAAACUGCAGGAGGCUCCUGAGGCUGUACCCAAUGGUGAACUUCCCCGUCAUAUGCAACUGUAUUGUGAUAGAUACUUGUGUGACAGAGUUGUACCAGGGAAUAGAGUGACCGUGGUUGGUGUGUUCUCCAUCAAGAAAACCUACCAAAGUUCAAAGAAGAACACCCGGGACAAGGUGAAUGUUGGUAUCCGCAGUCCAUAUUUCCGUGUGGUGGGAAUACAGGUGGAUACUGACGGGUCGGGUAGGAGCACCAAUACCCCUAUAACCCCAGCUGAGGAGGAAGAGUUCCGACGACUAGCCAGUAGCCCUAACAUAUAUGAAACUAUUGCCAAAAGCAUUGCACCCUCUAUUUAUGGAUGUAUUGACAUGAAGAAGGCCAUAGCUUCUCUGUUGUUUGGUGGGUCAAGGAAAAGAUUACCUGAUGGUCUAACAAGAAGAGGGGAUGUUAACAUCUUGAUGUUGGGAGAUCCUGGUACAGCCAAGUCUCAGCUAUUGAAGUUUGUAGAGAGGGUAUCACCUAUUGCUGUGUAUACCUCUGGUAAGGGUAGUAGUGCUGCAGGACUGACUGCAUCUGUCAUCCGAGACCCAUCUACUCGCAGCUUUGUGAUGGAAGGCGGCGCUAUGGUACUGGCAGAUGGUGGAGUUGUGUGUAUUGACGAGUUUGAUAAGAUGAGGGAAGAUGAUAGAGUUGCUAUACAUGAAGCUAUGGAACAACAGACUAUAUCAAUAGCCAAGGCUGGAAUAACAACCACGCUGAACUCGAGAUGUUCCGUCUUAGCUGCUGCUAACAGUGUAUACGGAAGAUGGGAUGAAACCAAGGGAGAAGAGAACAUUGACUUUAUGCCCACAAUUUUGUCCAGAUUUGAUAUGAUUUUUAUCGUAAAGGAUGAACACAAUGAAGAAAGAGACACUAUACUGGCCAAGCAUGUGAUGAAUGUACAUCUGAAUUCACUUCAAAUGACGGAGGAGCAUGCAGAUGGAGAAAUCGACCUACUGACACUGAAGAAAUACAUCUCCUACUGUAGAACGAGAUGUGGCCCAAGAUUAGCUGUGGACGCUGCAGAAAAGUUGAAAAACCGUUACGUGUUGAUGAGAAACAGUGCCAGCGAGUAUGAGCGAGAAACGGGGAAACGCAUCAGUAUACCAAUUACUGUUAGGCAAUUGGAAGCUAUCAUCAGAAUAUCAGAGUCCUUGGCCAAGAUGAGAAUGCAGCCGUUUGCCACAGAGGGAGAUGUCGAUGAGGCCCUUCGACUGUUCCAAGUGUCAACACUUGAUGCUGCCAUGUCUGGAAAUCUGUCAGGUGUAGAAGGGUUCACUACAGAGGAAGACCAAGAACUAUUAAGCAGGAUUGAAAAGCAGAUCAAACGACGAUUCAUCAUUGGAUCACAAGUAUCAGAACAUGCGAUCAUUCAAGACUUCACAAGACAGAAAUACCCUGAACGCUCCAUAUACAAGGUGCUGCACUUUAUGAUGAGACGUGGGGAGGUACAACAUAGAAUGCAGAGGAAGAUGCUGUACAGAGUGAAGUAGAUUACAAACAGGAUUUUCAAAUCAGUUGGAAUUCACAGAACAUUAAAAACUAUUUGUUUUCAGACUCUCUUAAAUAGCAGAAUGACCGAGUGUGCUCUAAAAAGCUGGACAUUGUUGUUCAAUCCGAAGAAAAAUAAUCACAUUUUGCAGAUGUUUGAUUGUUUUUUCAUACUAAAAGAUGUGAUUACACCUCUAUCUAGCCCAGCAGUCAUAAUUUUCAGAAUGUAUUUGACUGUACAGUCUUUUCUUGCGGGAUUUGGUAGUCUGUCAUUGCAUUUAUUGGUGAAUGAAUUGUAAAGUGAUAUUGUAAUAUUAUAAGUAGUUUCCUAGCUACAUAUCUAGGUCUUACAUAAUUUAUGUUCAUAUAUGAUGGGGUUUUUUUUCAUGUCACAAGUUCUGUAAUACCUGCCAUAA